GCAGGAAUAAGAAAGCUCCUGCAGGGUAAGGCAGAAGACCAGGGGGUGCUACCUGACAGAGACAGGAUUGGAGCAAGCUCCUGUAGCUGUUCCUGACACAAGGACAGGAACUGGACCUCUGGGGAGAAACCCUGGGUGAUGCUGCUCAUUAGAAGGAGCCCAGAAAGGGGUAGCGGAAAAGGCUUGAGGGAAGGCUGUAGUAAGUAGUAGUCCGGGGAGGCAGUGGCAAGGUGUCUGACAGAGCAGGCCUUGGAAGCCAGUGCAAGGUGAGGGCUUUUGUUCCCCCACUAGCCCUUUGGAAGAUGGUGUUGAGCACCCUGAUUUAAAGGGAUACGGGCAACUUAAUGUCUACGAGAAGGGUGUAAGCAUCAUGGGGUGAAGAGUUGGGGUCAAGGAUCAGAUGUAAUGACAUUCUGUCCAUGCAGGAGAGGUGGGAAAAAAAUGUGACCUGGUGAGAGAGCCAAGUAGUGAGAAGAGGCAGGCCACCAAGGGAUCAGGAGCAACUGUUAGGGGGGCCGAGGCAGGGACAGCUAGAGAGGAGUCCAUUCUUUUACUGCCCCAAAUGUGCAUCAUUGGGAAGGUGACUUUCCAUAAUUGUGUUGGGGUUUGGAUUUGACAUGGCCUUGAUGUUAUGAGUCUUUGGACUGACGCUGUGGAAGUAGCUGCUCUGGUGCAAGAAAUCACGUUGCUCUCUACGCCUACCGGGCUGUCUGGUUGGGUUCCGUCUGACCAAGACUCUGGGCACCGCUCUGCCUCGAGGAGAGAACACCGUCGUGACCAAGGCAGACAUUGCCAAAGGUCCUCAUCUCGGAGGGGUUAUCACAGCCAGUCAUGGCACAGAUGUCAAUGUCAUUCCCGUUCGGUGUCCUGCUCCAGGACCCUGCCAAGGCACCACCUCCGCAGGCCUGGGCGUCAAUCAGCAGCAUCUUGCUGUUGCGGGUCCACCUGCCAAAGCCGAUCAUGGAGCACCUGUUGGGCAGUACCAGUCCUCCAUGUCAGGAUCACGGUCCCGUGGUCAGCAUCACUUCUGGCACUGCCACUCCUCCCAGUCCGGGGACAGUGGCAGGUCGUAUGUCAGCCCAGCCUCCCUUUGUAGUCGUCCAUCAUUAGGUUGGGCCAGGUGCACCAGGCCCCAUGGCCAGCCCAAUGGUACCAGUGGACUGUGGCCCCCAAGACAGCCCCUGGUGGGGGCUUGCUUGGUGGCUGGAGCCUCAGAAGGACCAUCGGCCACCCUCUCCAGACCUCAGAGGAAGGGGUCGGUGGGAUGUACAUCCUCAGCGCCGUGCCCAGAGACCGAUCACAUGGUGGACCCUCCAGUGCCGGUGGUCACACAAAGUACCAUGCUGGCCUCCUCGCCCUCCCUGGAUGAGGCGAUUACGGUUCUGCCUCCCUCCCCACAGGAGGACUUUAGGGCCCACCAAGAACUCUUAAAAAGGGUGGCAUCAAGCCUCCAGCUCCAAGCAGAGGAGAUGGAGGAGCCCUCGGACUCCCUGUUUAAUGUGCUGUCCUCCUCGGCACUGGGCAGGGUGGCCUUGCCUCUCCAUGAAGGGGUGGAAAAAAUUUCAAAUGCCCUGUGGCAAACACCGGCCUCACUGGCCCCCAUCGCUAAGAGAGUGGAAUGCAAGUAUUUUGUACCUGCCAAGGGGCAUGGAUACUUAUACACCCACCCUGCUCCUAACUCCCUGGUGGUCGAGUCGGUCAACCACAGGGAGCGGCAGGGCCAGCCAGCCCCUACCCCCAAAAAUAAAGAUUCAUGGAGGCUGGACUCUUUUGGAAGAAAAAAUGAAUUUGCCCUCGAGCUUCCAGGUACGGGUGGCUCUCCUGGGCUGGUAUGGAUUCUAUCUGUUGGGUUCCCUGCCCAAGUUCGAGGACUCCCUCCAGGAGUGCGACAGGAAGGAGUUCAAAGCGCUGGUGGAAGAGGGUACAGCGGCUGCCAGGGCAACCCUGCAGGCAGUUUCGGAUGCAGUGUCCAGCGAGGCGCAUGCUGCCAUGCAGGAUCUCCCAUUUGACAGCAAUGCUCUGUUUGUGGAACAAACGGAUACAAAGCUACAUGGUCUGAAGGACUCCCGCAUGACUCUCCAGACUCUGGGUCUCUAUGUUCCGGCUCAACCUAACAAGUUCAAGCCGCAGCAGACUCGCUCUCAGGCCACCCACCGAAAAUACAAAACCGCUUAUAAAAUUGCGGGAGUAUAAGAGGUGCCCACUGAGGCAGUCUCGGCCUGCCCCCAGCCUGGGUCCUCCAAGGGCAAGCAGGCGGGGAAAAGGCGGUUUUGAUGGGACUCCUGGGGGCGCCCCGCCAGUUCUCAUCAGGGAUCCACCAUCAAUA